UGACUGUGGUGCAGCAUCAGAUCUCAACUGCUCCUAGGACUCAGCUGUUCAAGGGACCAAGGAUAUUAAAAGGGGGGCAUGAUCCCAGCCUCUCAAAGCCCCAGCCAAUGGCAGGGAGACCACUGGAGAGGCAACAUGCAGAGCCCUUGAGAGCCUUGGGGAAACUCAGGCCUCUGGCUACAGCUGGGAAGGAUCUGAAGCUGACAAGGUCUCCCAGAAAGCCCCAAGCCUUGGAGAAGCUCCCCUUGACACAACCCAAAGCAGCUUCUCAAGUGGGGAGGCCUCGUGGCCCCAUCACCUGCCCCACAGUAAUGGGGAGAGGGAAGCAGAAUGGUUUGGAUGCCAAGCGAGUUCCUCAGCCCGGACCUGGUGCCCCAAGGAACUGUACUACACCCCACACCUCCGGGGCUCAAAUCAGGGCCAGCCUGCCUAAGAGGAGGAGUAGCAUUGGUAGGAGUCAAGCCCGCCGGGUUCCCAAGGCCCCCACCCCGGCCAUUCGCAAGAAACAGCUGGAGGAGUGGCUGGCAUCCAAAGGCCGAGCAUAUAAGCGGCCACCCAUGACGUUGUCCACAAAGAAGCUGGCAAAGAAGCUCCACCAGUCCUUCUGGGAUGGCAUCAAGGAGGAAGAGGAGACCCAGGAGCAGAUGGACUUUGCGGGCAAGAUCCACAGCGCCGUUAGCCAGUGCCUGAAACAUGUUGAGGAGGGUCUCCCAGCCAGCAAAUUCUUCACCCAGCUAGCCCAGGUUCCAGAAGCAGAGAGGUCAGCCAGGUUCUGGAUCUGUAAAGCCAAGAUGCUAGCCCGGGAAGGCAGCUUCGAUGUGACGGAGUUGUACGAGGCGGCUGUGCGGGCCGGGGCUGAGCCCAUCCAGGAGCUGCGGGAGGUGGUUGUCGAUCUCCUGAAGCAGAGGGACAAGAAAUCUCAAGGGAUCCCUGCAACCCCUGGCCCUGAGGUUCAGGUGCCCACAACCCCUUGCCCUGGCCAGAGCCAGCCAGCGGUGGCUACCCCCUGUGUCACUUCGAGACACUUGCCCGUCUCUACCAUCAAGCUGAAGGUCAUGCCAACACCCAGAGCCUCAGCACCCAAUGUACAGCUCCUGACACCAGUGCGGCGGUCCCUACGUAUCGAGCACACCAUGGCCAGCUACCCCAACAUGCUCCGGGACCAUGACCUCGUGGUCUCCUCCCUGGCUGAGAUUGCAGGGGGCCAUAUUGUCAUCUGCAAGAACGAGGCCCUGCCCGAGGAUGUGGAACUGGAGAUCCUGGGCCUGGGACAAUGAAGGCUUCCUCCCCCAGAGCACAUGGCCACUGCUUGCCUCACAGCCCCUGACGGGUAGAUGCCAAUCAACAUGCAAUUAACCUAUGAGAACUUGGCACACAGGGAGCAGUUUUGCCUGGCAGGCAGAACUUGGGACCCUUGAGUCCUGUCCUUGGUCCUGCAUACAAAGCCCCUGGCCUGGGCCUCAGUCUUCCCAUCUGUGAAAUGAGUGCAAGGAGGCAUGUUUUUGCAACUUGCAGACAGGAAAAGCAUCUUGUUUCCUCUGAAAGGCAGGCACAUCUUUCACUGGAUGCUUUCCCCACCCCAGUGCUCCUUGAAAAGGGGCUUCUGCAGGGUGGAGGGGGAAGAUGUCUACUGUCAUCCUAUGCUGGGUUGAAGGAUCCUGCAGCCCUGGCCACUGGUAUCUCCCCUCCCUGGUGAUGGCACUGACCAGGUGUAACCCAAGAAUUGCAAGGUGCCAGCCCUGCACCCUCAUAAGAAGGUCACCCCACCUCCAUGAAGGUGCAUGUGCAUGCAUACACUCCAAGGGCAGAUCCAGCCUAGGGAGGUGGGGGAGAUCAAGCAUUAACUCCUUCACUACCAGCAGCUCUAGCUCAGACCUAUGCAAAGCUUCUUCUCUUAUUAAACCAACCUGAUCCACA